AACGCGGUCGAGAGCCUUCCCUACCCUCUAUUAAAAGCACUAGCUAGGGUUUCAUUCUCUUCAUCACAUCCUUCUCUCCAAAAUCCUCUUCCUUUCAAAAUCUAUCCAUUCAUCAUACUGGUUCAUCGAUUAUCAUGCUAUUCUGACCAUUGAUUCCAUCUCAUCCAUGUAACAAGAAUGCCUGCUACACCGGAUCAUCAUCACUACCAGAAUCCUCUUCAUCAGAGCUCUUUCGCCUCUUUAGGGCGUUCGAUUCUGAGCAUUGGUCGUGAUCAGGUCCACGCCAUGGAAGGGAAUUUCAACGAUCAGGAUCAAGAGCUGGAGUCUUUUCAGAAACAGGUAGCUGAGCGGUUCCAUGAUCUAGCAUCGGCGGGGCCAGAUGAUCUGCUUUCCAUUGCCUGGAUUCGGCGCCUCCUUGAUGUUUUUCUCUGCUGUCAGGAGGAAUUCAGGGCGAUUUUGUUUAAUUGCAAGGGGGCCGUUGGGAGGCCGCCUCUCGACCGUAUGAUUGUUGACUUCUUUGAAAGGUGCGUCAAGGCGCUUGAUAUCUGCAACGCGGUCCGUGAUGGGAUCGGGCAGAUCCGGCAGUGGCAGAAGCAUAUGGAGAUUGUGGGAUGCGCGUUGGAUGCAAAUCGCCAGAGGACGCUUGGGGAGGGGCAAUUCCGGCGUGCGAAGAAGGCUUUGACGGACCUUGCGAUUGGGAUGCUCGAUGAAAGGGAUGCUAGCUCGGUGCUUGCGCAGCGGAACCGCUCGUUCAGCCGCAACAACACGGGCAGGGAUCAACGACAUGUAGGUCACUUCCGGUCCCUGUCGUGGAGUGUUUCCCGGUCAUGGUCAGCUGCCAGGCAGCUCCAUGCGAUCGGGAAUAACCUUGUGGCCCCCAGGAACAACGAGAUUGCAGCGACCAAUGGGCUCGCGGUGUCUGUCUUUACAAUGAAUUCAGUACUCCUGUUUGUAAUGUGGGCACUCGUCGCCGCAAUCCCUUGCCAGGACCGGGGCCUCCAGGCCCAUUUAUCGAUCCCCCGCCAUUUCCCGUGGGCUGCACCGAUCCUCUCUCUCCAUGAGCGGAUCGUGGAGGAGUCGAAGAAGCGGGACCGGAAGAAUUCUAUUGGGUUGCUGAAGGAGAUCCAUCAGAUCGAGAGAUGCGCGCGCCGAUUGACGGAAUUGGCAGACUCGGUGCAGUUUCCGUUGACAGAGGAGCGCGAAUUGGAUGUGAAGCAGGGUGUGCAGGAGUUAGAGCAGGUGUGUGAUGUGAUGAAGGAAGGGCUGGACCCACUGGAACGGCAAGUGAGAGAAGUGUUCCAUAGGAUUGUCCGCAGCCGGACAGAAGGUCUCGAUUCCUUGGGGAAACCAAACUAUUCUGAGUGAUUUGUUUGGUCCGCCGCUGGUGGUGUCCACUGUACAAUUUUGCGAAUAUCUAGUGCUUGGUUUUAGAUUUUGGUUUUGUGGGAUGCAAGGGGUUGCAAGAAGGAAGAAGAUAGAGAUUGAGUGUCUCCGAUAAAAUAAUGUUAAGCAGGUAGCGUUCCUUGUAUCCGCGGUUUUUCAUUUUGUAAAGAUAAGAAGGAUUGGAUUGGACCUUCCUGUUAUUGAUGAUUGUGUUGUCAUCCUGCUUUUGUAGUCGUUGUAUAUUUCCCAUUAUUUUCUAAGUUAUGACAUGUUGAAUCUUCAUGUUGUAGUA